AUGAAAUGGUUGCAAGAUUACGAAGUGGCAAUUAACUUGGCUUUAUUCAAGAGAUACCAAUUUUAUCAUAUAUUCAACCCAAACGGAUCAAAACUAUUCAACUAUGACACAUACAAGCUCACAAACGUCAUGUUUAUUGUGGCCGUCACGACUUACAACAUAUUCUCUGCAAUGUGCUUUUUCACAGAUACCAUAGAUUCCAUCGACAGUAUUGAUUUAUUACUAAUGAUAUUUAUAUACUCUAUUAUUGUAAUUUCAUUAUUGAAAAUUAGCGUUCUUCUAUACAACGCAGAUCAAAUUUGGGAAUUGUUCGACCUGACGCGCCUUGAUUUUUUAACAAGCAGGCGGUGCCGCAAAAACGUCGGAAUUCUCUGUAAAUACCGCGAUAAGUCGAUAACGAUAACCAACUUCUACCAAAACUACAGCACCUUAGUAUUCAUCAUAUGGAUGAUCGGCGAUCGCUCCUUUGGUAUUAAACACUUUUGUGGUGGUCGGAGGCCCGAAUGUGCGUUAUCAUAA